AUGGGCGAUAAGGAGUGGCAAGACACCAAGAAGUAUCUCGAGGCGAACCCCGAGGAAGCCCGAAGGAUGGAGACCUUCUCGCGGGACGCUAAGGCCGUGCGUGCGUGGAUGCAGACGCAGGCUAUUACCGAGUACUACAACACACGCCUCAGCAACGGCGAUGAGGUGGUAACCAACAAGUUCAAUGCCCUGGAAAAGAACCCAGAGCUCGCAGCCAUCUUCGAAGACAUCAAGCGCGGGGGUAACCAGGCCGCCAUGCAGCACUACCACAACGAACCGCUCAUGCUCAAGAUCAGCAGAGCCAUGGGAGGUGUGCCGGACGAAGUGAAGACAGUGAUUCAGGACAUCCAGAGCAAGCCGAUCACCCUCCAGGAGGCCUGCCUCCGCGGCGACAUGAAGACCCUCGAGGACUACCUGGAAGCGACAGCCGGUGACCAGGAGAAACGGAACAUCGAUGAGAAGGAUGCCAAAGGGAUCAGCUGCCUCGCCUACGCCAUCGGGGCCAACCGCACCCAAGUGGUGAAGAAGCUCUUAGAGAGCAAGGCCAAUCCUGCGGAGGUUGACAACAGUGGUGGUAAUGCCAUUCACUAUGUGCCUGGGCGGGUAUGGACGUUGUUUCAGGCAAGUUUUGGUGUCUUUGUUGUGUGGAGGUGUUUUGAGAGGGGUAGUUUUACAGUCCUUAGAGGUUUGGCAAAGCCUCUCCAACCCAAAAUUUUCUCCAGUGCCUUCUCUGAGCGAGUGUUUCUGCAAGUCCCUUGCAAAUCCGCACGGAAGCGAAUGGAAGCGCCAAAGAAUAUCUAG